AUGGCUCCUGUCACAAUCAAUGGAAAUACUGUUGAGCUAGCCCAGUCUGCUGCUUCAUCGGGCUACUUUCCUUCCGAUGCCUCAGAAACCAAUUACAUUCUCGUCCAGUUCUCGCAGCCAAGGACAACCGCAGCGUACGAAGAACUUGCAAGGCACGGAGUCCGCAUUCAGCGAGUGGAGGAGAAGGACACACUGUUAUGCCGAUACGAGCCAAGUGACCUGGAAGUGCUGAGAAGACUGCCUUAUGUGGCGCAUGUAUCCGUCUACCAUGGCGAUUUCGUCGUCCAUCCUUCCGUAUGGGAUGCAGUGAACGCUGCGCCACUUGAUCGUUCCACAGAGACCGAGGCCGGCGGCAACACUGACCCAGCCAUUGCAAUUGCUAUCGUCUUACACGAAAGCUGUGGACAGCAUGGCGAGGACGUUUGGCAGACGAUCCAGUCGCAAAUCGACCCAAGCGCUGAAUUGAUCGACGCCAGUCUGCCGCAAGUACGUGCCCGAGUCAAAGGUACCACCCUCAGUCAGAUUGCGUCAAUGGAUAGCGUGCGCUCCAUCAACCGAGUAAGGAGGUUUGAAUUCCAUACCGCCCAGGCGUAUCCGACUAUUGCCCAGCUGGGUGAGCCGUGGACGACGGAGAACAACACCGUCUUUAAGGGUAGGGGCGAAGUUGUCGCUGUUGCCGAUAGUGGAUGCGGUGGACACGAUCCGCCAUCCGUCGGGUUCGAAGACAGGGUCGUUGGACGGGUCAACCUUACUGACACCCCGGCGAGGAACCACCCAUCAAUGUUGUGGGACUGGGACGGUCAUGGUACCCAUGUUGCCGGCUGUGUGCUCGGUAAGUAUACCAGACCUACCAUUCCGAAUGCCUUUUUGCCCUCGUACAAGAGGCGUUGCAAGACAAUGAACGGUCCAGCUACUGAAGCUGGACUUUUCUCUAUUAGGAUUGUGGGACCACCUCCCUCCGGAAACCUCGUGCCAGACCUUGCCACACUGUUUGAUACGCCGUACAUGCUUGCGGAUGGGACGCCCCGUCUUGCUCGGGUGCACAACAAUAGCUGGGGAAGCUCGUCGGUGGCGAGCUCGAUAGUCCUCGUUCAAGCGUACGGCGACAACGACGCGGGCUUGGUGGACAGAGCCAUGAGCAAUGAAGCUGAACUGCUGAUCGUCAUGUCCUCUGGUAAUGACGGUUCGAAGAAGACCCAAUCCGUGGCCAAUAGCGGUGGACCGUACCAAUAUAGCCAGGUCAACGAGUCACGACUCGCCAAGAACAGUCUCAUAGUGGGAGCUACCUUCAACAACAGGUCCAUGACGAGAUUAAAUGCCGCGGGAAGAGCACGUUGGGCCGAUCAGAGACUCGCUGAUGCAGCAGUUCAAGAGGCAACGUGCUGCGAUGGCACGUUCAAUAUUUCCCCUUUCGGAACGAUCGGCUUUCCUCGAAGUCCUUCGCGCGUCUUGGCGUUCAGCAGCAAGGGUCCGACUCCUGAAGGACGCAUCAAACCCGACGUCGUGGCCCCUGGUGCCGGGAUCCUCUCUGCAACCACGACCCACCCAAGCAGGACGCUCCCCAACGACGCGUACGGCGUAUGCCCGUACCCCGAACUGUGCUUCUGCAGUGGUACUUCGAUGGCAGCACCACUGGUUUCAGGCUUAGCCGCCUGCGUCCGUGAGGCUUUGCGCACAAAGGGUCCAGUCCAUGCCAUAGCGGGCCCAAUCCCCAACCCGUCCGGCGCGCUGGUGAAAGCGCUCCUUAUCAAUGGUGCGGUCGAUCUCGUUGGCUCGGCAUACGAGUACGUAGACUACACUGCAGCCCCCGGUGACGAAAGAAGAACCGUGGGCUUGAUGCCGCCGUCUCCAAACGGUACACAAGGCUUUGGACGAGUGAAUCUUAACCGUUCGCUGGUCUCUCUGACCGAAGAUGGCGGUAUCUUUCUGGGUGAAGCUGCUGUGAAUGCGGGAAACCCAUUGCCACAGCAGACGGCUGAGCAGAGUGUCACCCUCCCCACUUCCAUUGCCAGAAGCUCGCUCCGUGUCACACUGACGUGGACGGAUCCACCGGGUGCGCAAUUGCAGAACUCUCUGUCGUUGGCCGUGCGAUGUACCGACGGGUCGGGAGCUGCACAUAUCUUCCCAGCGGAUAUACCUACUCGGUGCCCGUGGGAGAUCAAUCCAAUCCCCUUCGCGGCGAACAGCAAUACUCAGCGUGCCACGAUUGGGAAUGCGCACAACUACCAGCAGGGCAUCAAUAUCACUGUAAACAUCAACAGUCCAAUUCAGCCUUAUAAUAUCCCUCCCCCGCGUGGUGGCAACGGUCCAGUGGUUCAUCGAGCAACCCAGCCGUUUGCUGUGGUAUGGGCAUUCGAUGCUUCAUGA